UAGAAAGUUUCGAGGGGCGCUCGGCACGACACGAGAAUGGCGAGGUGUGAGGAUGAUGAGGGGAGUUCGUAAGAUUUGGCGGAUCGAAGUUACUCAUUCAAUACCAUGGCUGAAUCUGUAUCUAUGGAAAUGGUUUAAAGUUGUCAUUUUUGCUUCUUGGUAGGAUUUUGGUUUCUAGCAGUCUCCGAUCAUUCAGGCAAAUGGACGCCGGCGGUCACGCAUUUUCCGUCGACCUCCUUGAGCGGAAUGGCGCCAAAGGGCACGGCCUUAUCACCUGCAUGGCCGCCGGAAAUGACGUCGUUCUUAUUGGCACUAGCAAGGGGUGGCUUAUUAGGCACGACUUCGGUGUUGGAGAUUCCUACGAUGUGGACUUCUCCGGUGGCCGGGGUGGGGAGCAGCCCGUCCACCGCGUCUUUGUUGAUCCAGGCGGCAGCCAUUGUAUUGCAAAUGUUCUCCACACCGGCAGUGCGGAGACUUAUUAUACGCACGCGAAGUGGGCUAGACCUAGGGUUUUUAGCCGGCUGAAGGGCCUGGUAGUGAACGCAGUUGCUUGGAAUCGGCAGCAGAUCACUGAGUCCUCAACUCGUGAAGUGAUUCUUGGAACUGAGAACGGGCAGAUUUAUGAGAUAUCAGUUGAUGAAGGGGAUAAGAAGGAGAAGUAUAUAAAGUUUUUAUUUGAAUUGACUGAGCUACCUGAAGCUAUCAUGGGCUUGCAGAUGGAGACCGCCUCUGUUGGCAAUACUAUGAGAUAUUAUGUCAUGGCCGUCACACCAACACGUUUGUACUCGUUCACGGGCAUUGGAGCAUUAGAUACAAUGUUUGCUAGCUACUCAGAUCGUGCGGUGCACUUUAUGGAGCUUCCUGGUGAAAUCCCAAAUAGUGAACUACAUUUCUUCAUCAUGCAGAGAAGGGCCAAACAUUUUGCUUGGCUUUCUGGUGCUGGAAUCUAUCAUGGCGAUCUGAACUUUGGAGCCCAACACAGUUCAAGUGGAGGAGAUGAGAAUUUUGUGGAAAACAAGGGUUUACUAAACUAUGAAAAGCUGGGUGAAGCAAUGAAACCAAGGUCUCUAGCAAUAUCUGAAUUUCAUUUUCUUCUUCUUAUUGGAGAAAAAGUCAAGGUUGUCAACAGAAUUAGUCAACAAAUUGUUCAGGAACUGAAAUUUGACCAUGCUCCAGAUUCUGUUUCCAAAGGCAUAAUUGGAUUAUGCAGUGAUGCCACUGCUGGACUAUUCUACGCAUAUGAUGACAGUUCUGUUUUCCAGGUUUCUACUCUAGAUGAAAGCCGAGACAUGUGGAAAGUUUUCUUAGACAUGAAUGAUUAUGCAGCUGCAUUAGCCAGUUGUCGGUCUCCAUUACAGAGAGAUCAAGUAUAUUUAGUGCAGGCUGAUGCUGCGUUUUCUUCAAAAGAAUACUUUAGAGCUGCAUCAUUUUAUGCAAAGGUGAACUUUAUUUUGUCAUUUGAAGAGAUCAGUCUAAAGUUUAUCAACAUUUCCGAACAGGAUGCUCUAAGGACUUUUCUUCUAAGAAAGCUUGAUAAUCUUACUAGAGAUGACAAGUGUCAAAUCACAAUGAUUUCAACAUGGAUUACCGAGCUUUACUUGGAUAAGAUUAAUCGUCUGCUACUAGAAGAUGAACCAAUUUCGGUUGCUAAUGCACCAUUAAAAAGCAGCAAUGUAGAGUAUCAAUCAAUUAUCAAAGAAUUUAGAGCCUUCCUUAGUGAUUCCAAGGAUGUGUUAGAUGAAACAACCACUAUGAAGCUACUGGAGAGUUAUGGCAGAGUUGAUGAGCUAGUCUUCUUUGCUGCUCUAAAGGAACAUUAUGAAAUUGUAAUUCAUCAUUACAUUCAGCAAGGGGAAAUAAAGAAAGCACUUGAGGUUCUCCAGAGACCUAAUGUUCUUGUUGAUCUUCAGUACAAAUUUGCUCCUGAUCUGAUCAUGCUUGAUGCAUAUGAGACCGUUGAAUCGUGGAUGACUACAGACAAACUUAAUCCAAGGAAGUUAAUUCCUGCAAUGAUGCGUUAUGCAAGUGAACCACAUGCCAAAAAUGAAACACAUGAGGUGAUCAAGUAUUUGGAAUACUCUGUCCAUCAUUUGCAUAAUGAAGAUCCUGGAGUCCACAACUUGCUGCUUUCCUUGUAUUCAAAACAGGAGGAUGAAAGCAUGCUUUUGAGAUUUUUGCAAUGCAAAUUCGGGAAGGGACGAGUUGAUGGGCCUGGUUUUUUCUACGAUCCUAAGUAUGCUUUACGCCUAUGCCUUAAGGAGAAAAGGAUGCGUGCUUGUGUUCAUAUCUAUAGUAUGAUGUCCAUGCAUGAAGAAGCUGUAGCUCUUGCUUUGCAGGUAGACCCAGAACUUGCAAUGGCUGAAGCAGAUAAAGUUGAGGAGGAUGAGGAUCUGAGGAAGAAGCUAUGGCUUAUGGUUGCUAAGCAUGUGAUUCAGUUGGAUAAGGGAAUUAAGAGGGAGAAUAUAAGAAAGGCAAUUGCAUUUUUGAAGGAAACAGAUGGGCUUCUGAAGAUUGAGGAUAUUCUUCCAUUUUUUCCAGACUUUACGCUUAUUGAUGAUUUUAAAGAAGCAAUUUGCUCAUCGCUGGCGGACUACAACAAGCAGAUUGAAUUAUUAAAACAGGAAAUGAAUGAUGCUACACGUGGUGCUGAUAACAUAAGGAGUGAUAUCACCGCCCUUGCUCAAAGAUAUGCUGUUGUUGAACGUGAUGAAGAAUGUGGGAUUUGUAAACGCAAAAUAUUAUCCUCUGGAGGGGCUCAUCAGAUGGGAAGAGGUUAUAUGCCAAUUGGACCAAUGACGCCAUUUUAUGUUUUCCCUUGUGGGCAUUCAUUCCAUGCGCAAUGCCUGAUAACUCAUGUCACUCAGUGUACCCCUCAAAGCCAAGCAGAACACAUACUGCAACUUCAGAAGCAGCUCAGUUUACUCGGCGGGAAGCCAACGAAAGAUACCGGCACCAGCACCAGUGAUUCUGUCACAGGCACAGUAUCUGUCAAUAAUCUUCGGUCGCAAUUAGAUGAUGCUGUAGCAAGUGAGUGCCCAUUCUGCGGCGAAUUAAUGGUUUGCGAAAUAUCAAAGCCCUUCAUCUUCCCUGAGGAGUCAGAGCUCUUGGCUUCUUGGCAGAUUAAACCCCAGUUUGCCACUCAGAAAAUUCUUGCAAUGUCGAUGUCAAUAUGACUGGUGGUGGACUCUCUCUAUAUCUCUCACUAUCUUCCUCUCUUACCUUAACUAACCAACAAUCAACUAAAAAUCACAGCCACAUCACAAAAAGCUAUGUGUGUUCUCAUCCAUCUGUUAUGUUUUUGCUUUUUAUUUGUAUAAUUUUAGGAUUGAUAUUCUUUUUUUUGUUUUAUUUUAAAUUUGCAUAGUUGUUUGCAGCUGAUACAUGUAAUUUGAUAAAGUCAAUUGUUGAGUUA